AUGAGCCAAAUCAGCAAUACCCCUCGCAAACCGAGCACGGCCCAAUCCACCCCGCUCACCACACGCAUGCCCUACGAAGCAGGCGAAGCCCUCCUCUGGGAGCGGCAAAACCACCACGUCCAUGCGCACCUCUCCCUUCAGAUGAAAGAGCUGCAAGCCCAACAUGACGCCUACGAUGCCCGCAUCCAAGCCACCGAGUCCAUUGCUGAAGCCGCCGAAGCUGCUGUCCACCAGUUGAAGCAGAUGGAGGCUAAGAUUGCGGCUAUGGAGGCAGAUGAUCAGGACAGGCCGUUUGAUGCUUGGGCUAAGGAGGCGAUUAGUCAGUUUCAGGUGUUUGUUGAUGGGCAUAAGGGUGUUAGGCAGAAGUUGAGUGGACUUGAGCAGAAGGUGGAGGGCUUGGGCGAGGAUGUGGAGGGUGUGAGGGAUGCGGGUGGGCUGCUGAGAAACAUGGUGAGGAGGCUUGAGGUGCUUGAGGAGGAGAGAAGGGAAGAGGGCAGGAAGGUGAAGGAGUUGGAGAAAGAGGUGGACAUAUUGAGGACUUCGGGUCGCCGGCAAGAGGUGGUGCACGAGGACGUGCACGAGGAAACGUACGAUGAGGUGCAAGCAGAUGACAACCCUCUUGCAGUCUUCUAUGGGAUCGACACACAAUCACCAUCAAGGCGCCACGACCAUGGUCGUAAGAUUAACGAUAAAAACCAAGGAGAUGAUCACACGAGGAGGCUCACCGACUCACCCCAGCAGCGCCGUGAACUCACAGGCGACCUGCAACCACCAGGCGAGGAUACUGUACGACCAGAAGAGGACGGCUUCGACCUCCUAGAAGAAGCUCCGGAGAUCGAGUACGGUUGGGAGAACACUCAGCAGUUCAAGGACAUGCAGAAGGAGCUUGCCGCCCUUCGAGCGAUGUGUCAGACCCAGGAACCUAAGAGCAGCAACCAGACAGCAGACGCUACCCAGCGUCCUCACGAGACUCCCGUUCUUCCUAGAGAGAACGAAAUUGGCUUUUCAGACGCAACUACUGAGACAGAGGCGGAGUACAACGAUACUGAUCGUAACCAAUCCCGCACGGAGCCUACUCAAGGCUCGGUGGGUGCGUCAAGCUCUGACCUACGAUUGCCUUCAUCGCCGCCAAAGCGAACAGACACGCAGUCAGCCAGGCGCAAUCUCAUGAAGCGGCCUUCCAUAUACGACCCACGAGUACCUUCAGUGAACGAACAUAGACAGAUCGAACGACCAGCGCCUGACGCAAGGGCAGGAACAGGCCUAAAUGCCCUUCCUUCGCUGCCGGUUGAGCUGCCUGUCGAAACACAGCCUGAGGAUGAUCGGGUGUCAGCGAAGCGAAAGCGUGUGGAAGAUGCAUCCACCCAGCGUGUGACGCGUCUCAAGCUUAGUGACGACAGAACUGCUCCCAGAAAGUCAGUAGUUCCAGCGGCCAGGAAGAACCGGCCUAAAGAGGAGAUAGCUUUCGUUGAUCCCGUUCCUCAGCCAUUCAGCGACGAUGCUCCCGCUCCACCUUCGCCAACCCGCAAGACCUGUGGCAAGCAGAAGCCAGCUGUGAAUCGUCCAGUACAGCAGGCAGCGCCUCAAGCCAGCCCGAACAGACCUGAGCAUCCCGCCGUGCCAGUGACAAAGCCAACUGUUUCAGUGGCUGAAGCCGUGAAGUCGCGUAAGGCUAUCAGCAAGCCCAACCCAGUCGCAAAAGAUCCGAUUCAACAGCAAGCUCCAGCCCAAGCUACCCCGAGCAGCUCGAAGCAGGCCGCAGCGGCUGUGCAGAGGAAAGCCAAAGGACCUCGACAGCCAGCGGGAGCGUGUGCUUCUUGCGAGUACGCUCAAGCCUCCACUUCCAACGCGCCGAGUGUAGCUCCUACUACCAGCCCACGGAAGAAGCAAGCUCUGCUUCCAAUCUCAGCUACUGCAAAGGAAGCGAACCGCGAGCAUGAUCUGCGAGAGGGAUCUGUGACUGUCAUCCCUGAAGCACCUCGACAGAAGAGCUCUGCAAAACAACCGACGCCUGCUUCGCCAUCCAAAAAGUCCACCGCCGCUGCUAUCCCUACCGCGGCCAGCUCUCGCGCGCCCAGAGCAAAGAACACACAGAAUCCGAGGGUGUCUCCAAGGAAGCAGAAGUAG